AGAAGGCGUGGUUUGGGGCGGGGCGCGCCUGCGUGCGGCCCCGGCACCGCCUUAAAGCGCAACAUCACUUCCGGUUUCCACUUCCGGGUGCUGCCGCCGCCGCCGCCGCCGGUAACGGCUCCGGGCCGGCCCCGCCAUGUUCCUCCUCCUCCUCCCGCCGCCGCCGCCCCCAUGAGCCGCAAGAAAAGCGGCUUCGCCAUCACCAGCGUCCGGGGAGGCAGCGGGAGCGCGGCCGGCGAUGCCUCCAGCGCCGCCGCUGCUUCGCCUUCCUCGUCCGGCAGCCCCAGCGGCUCCCGGUUCCGCCUCGUUCGCUUGCUGUCGCCGGGAGAGGUGCUGCGGCGGGGCCGGUGGCUGUGCCGCGAUUUCUACGAGCGGGACGCGUCCCCGCGGGGCGGCGGCAGCGGGAGGGUUCCGGUGUCGCUGGACGCCCCCCGGGCCGUGCCCGCCCCCCACCAGCCGCGGUCCCUCGGGGCCUUCGCGCAGCUCGUGCAGCAGGCGCUGCCCCCCAAACCCCCCUCGCCACGCCCAGGGGGUGGGGCCGAGCUCAGCGCUCGCCUGGGAUUGGCUAGCGAGGAAAGCGAGGACGAGGGCACCGGGAGUGGCGUCACGGCCAUCGACAACAAGAUCGAGAGGGCCAUGGACCUGGUGAAGUCGCACCUGCUGCUGGCCGUGCGGGAGGAGGUGGAGGCGCUGCGAGAGCAGAUCCGGGAGCUGAGCGAGCGGCGGGCGGCGCUGGAGAGGGAGAACCGCCUGCUCCGGGCGCUGGCCACGCCGCAGCAGCUGGCCCGCCUGCCCCCCGGGCCGCCCCCGGGGCCGCCCUGAGCCCGGCGGGGGUCCCGGGGGGUCCCGGGGACGGGGUAGCGCUCGCUGCUCCGCUGCUGCUUCACUGCGAGGAAGGGACGGAGCGCCGCCGAGCUCUCCCGUCCUUCCUGCGCCAUUUGGGGCCUUUUUUAAUAAACUCGCGAUUUUUACAGCA